AAAGUCUGAUUGGGAUCAGUAUCACACCGAUGAAGGCUGUUGAGUUUCCUGUAAAAAACGCUUCAUUAAACACAGAGUUUCCUAAAGACUAAAUUGAGGUUAAAUUUACACGCAUUUUUAUAAUUUUAUAUCUGUCGUUGGAUGCUUAUUUACUGGGUACGCUACAAACCACUGGAUUUUAAACUGCCCGGCUCCUCUUGGUGGAGCUGAUUUUAUUUCCUCGGCAUGUCCCGUCCAUCCGAGCCGUUACCGAAAACACGCCAUGAAAGAAUGAAAGAUACGAAUCAAAAGAACAAAGAGAAGGAGCGGAUGAAGGCUCGGGAGAAAGAGACAAAAGAGCGUGAGGCGCGUUACAGCAAUGGUCACCUGUUCACUUCCCUCAGCGUGUCUGCUACCACACUGUGCUCUGCCUGUAACAAGAGCAUUACUGCAAAAGAGGCCCUCAGCUGCCCCACUUGUAAUGUAACCAUCCACAACCGUUGCAGGGACACAUUGGCCAACUGUGCCAAAAUGAAGCAGAAGCAACAGAGGCUGGCGCUGGUCCGAAACGCAGCAACUUUACCAAACGUGGCCCUCCGCACCAAAAACCCGAUAAUGAAGGAGAGGCCAAGUUCAGCGAUCUAUCCGUCAGAGACACUAAGACAGUCUCUACUUGGUUCUCGUAAAGGACGCUCCACCCUGUCCCUCAACAAGAGCAUUUCCACAAAUAACUUAGCGGGGAGUGUGAACGAUGACUCUCCUCUUGGACUCCGGCGGAUUCUCUCUCACUCCACAGACUCUCUGAACUUUAGAAACAGAGCCAUGUCAAUGGAGUCCCUCUAUGAUGAAGGAGAGAUGUAUUACGCGUCAAUGCUGGAGGAGUUGAAGAAGGAUGGGAAAGAUUUUGAGGCAGACUCCUGGAGCCUAGCUGUGGACUCAUCUUAUCUGCAGUCUCAUCGCAAAGACGUCAUCAAAAGACAAGAUGUUAUAUAUGAGCUCAUUCAGACAGAGCUGAACCAUGUGCGGACGCUGCGGAUCAUGGAUGGGGUGUAUCGCAGAGGGAUGCUGGAGGAGGUGUUGCUAGAGAUGGGUGUAGUUCAUGCCAUUUUCCCCUGCUUAGACCAGCUGCUGUCUAUUCACUCACACUUCCUGAACCUCCUGCUGACACGAAAGAACCACAGCCUGGCACCUGGCAGCACCCGCAACUUCACCAUCCAACAACUGGGAGAUAUUCUGGUGGAGCAGUUUUCAGGUCAGAAUGCUGAAGAGAUGAGAAAGUGCUAUGUGGAAUUCUGCAGUCGACACCUUAAAGCUGUCAAGCUCUAUAAGGAGCUAUUGGCCCGGGAAAAGAGGUUCCAACAAUUCAUACGGCGAGUGGGCAGGGGUUCUUUACUUCGUCGUCAUGGUGUUCAAGAGUGCAUUUUACUUGUCACUCAGCGCAUCACUAAAUACCCUGUGCUGAUCCAGCGCAUAUUAGACAACACUAAAGGUAGUGAAGAGGAGAGUAAGUCUCUGGUUCACUCUUUGACUCUGAUCCGGGAGCUGCUGCGCUCUGUGGAUCAGCAGGUUCAGGAGUUGGAACGAGCACAACGGCUGCAGGAGAUCCAGUCCCGUCUGGACCCGCGGGCUCAGACAGGGGUUAAGGGUGGUGGCGUGUUUCGUGGAGGUGAGCUGCUCCGCCGUAGACUCGUUCAUGAAGGAACAUUGCUGUGGAAAACUGCUCAGGGAUCCAGACUCAAAGAUGUGCAUGUUUUGUUAAUGACAGACAUCCUGGUGUUCAUGCAGGAGAAAGACCAGAAAUAUAUUUUUCCCUGUCUGGACAAACCAGCAGUGCUGUGCCUACAAAAUUUGAUUGUGAGAGAUAUAGCCAAUCAGGAGCGAGGAAUGUUCCUAAUCAGCCAUUCCACGCCUCCAGAGAUGUAUGAACUUCAUGCCUCCUCCAAAGAUAUCAGAAACUCCUGGAUGAAGAUCAUUCAGCAGACAGUGAGCAAUUGUCCUUCAAGGGAUGACUUUCCUCUGAUUGAGACUGAGGACAAAGCUUUGCUUCGCCGACUUAGAGCUGAUAUCCAGCAGAAGGAUCGUGAAGUUUUAGAGCUGCUACAAGAGCGUGUGACACUCUUCUCUGAUCUAGCAGAGGUCACUGGAGGUCAAAAUGUUACCCUUCCUACAAACUCCAGAAAUGUAUUUCGAGCAGAUACGCCGUACGCUCCACAGGCUGAACACUUACUGAAUGAUGCCAUCUCUGAGGUGGACAGACUGAGUGAAGUGCUCUUGGAUUCCAACAAUGACCGUCGACAGUCCUGCAGGCUGAAUGGUGAACAGACAGAGACACAGUUGAUCUCAAAAACUACAGAUGGAGUGAAUUCAGUUAACGGGACUCAAGAUAUGAAGAAACAAUCACACAAGGACAGGAAUGGGAACCAGCUACUGGACAAGACAUUAAAUGAGGAGGUGUGCCAAAGACUUGUAAACCUCAGCACUCAGCUGCAUGCCCUACAGGCUGCAGUGAUCAGACAGGACUCGUUCCUCGAACUAUACAUGCAGGAGGACUCAAAUCAUGCUACGUCAGCGCACACUAUAUCCCGGGACGCACCGCCGGAGGGGGGCGGUCCAGUGGGUGCACAAGAAGAUCUGGUACAGCUGCAGCGCAAAUACAACCUGUUACAGGAGGAAGUUAUACGACUGCGUGCCAACCAGGACAAACACAACAAAGCACAAAAUCAGCUAGAUAAACAAUUUCAAAAGCUGCGUGUUAAAGACACAACGGACGCCGGAGACACGCGUGACCUAUUGACCUCUAAGGAAACAGUAGAUCAGUUAGACAGGGUACAGGAGGGUGGAGAGACGGCCACAUCCCCGCGGGCUGACAGUCCCAGAGAUCUGCAGGAUAUCCCAGAGGAGAGCGAGUGUGGGCCUGAAGUUCACAGUUAACAUCAAAUCAGCCUGAAGACCUCUCCACUCAUUGACAAAUGAUGUAAAAUAAUGUCUAUGCUAUUACAUUUCAUAUGAAUGUAGCUUAGAACAGCUUUGUAUUUUUAGAUGAUUGUGUUUAAUUUAAAUGGUGUUGUAUUUUUGAUGUUUGAUGAAAGAACUGAAUACUUGAUAACAGGUAAAAGAAGUUUGUAAAUGCUUUGGCAUUACUUGGAUUUCUGCAUUGAUUACUCAUAAAUUGUGCUCUGAAGGUUAUAAAUAUAGACAAAGACAUCACUAACCUAAUAACAGACAAAGAUACUUUCCGAAUGACGCAAAUAUUGAUUUCCACUAAGUCUGCUGCUUCCGGGUUUUGGAUCUUUUUGUCAGAUAUUACUAUGGUAUACUGACGUACAAUUACAAGCAUUUUAUAAGUUUCAAAGGCUUUCAUUGAAAAUGACAUUAGGUUUAUGCCAUGACCUUUGCCAUUUUCUUGUAUUCUGGUGCCUUUAAAAGCUUUGUUUACCUUGUUAUGACUUGUGCGAGUGACACAGGUGAAGGUAGUGAAAACACGAAAUGGAGUUUAAAUGAUAUGAACUCUAAAUGAGUCAAGUGGAAUGGAUUUGAGGAAGCAGCAGCGUUGAAGUCAAGGUCGUAGCUAAAACGCAGAGCGGAGUUUAAUUGAUUAGGGCUUUCCUCUCUAGUGGAAUGGAUUUGACUGGUAGCGCUCUCUGCUAAAUUAGAGAAAAAGUGAAAAUAUCAUUGGUCUUAAAAAGUGUGUGGGUCUUGUUCGUGUUGAUGACCAUUUUUUCCUAAGACUUCUUCGCCCUGUCAUGCUGUCAAUCAAUUUCUAGGCUUGACUGACAGCAGCACAUUCUUGCAUAAUCAAUGCUCGGAGUUUGUCAGAAUUUGGGAAUUUAAAUUCUUCUUAAGAACAUCAAAAAUAAGAAUUUUCUUAGAAAUAUUCCUAACUUUUUCUUAAAAGUGAUUUUUUUCUUAAGAAUGUAUUGUGAAUUCGGCCUCAGAUUCAGAGUAAUCAUUGCAGAUAUCCAGAUCAUUCACAGAUGUUUUCUUGGAAUUGUAAAAAUGAAGGAAACUUUUACAAGUGAAUCUAUACUCGAUAUAACCUCUUCAGAACUGUGUUUCUGAUGUUGAUCUGUAGAUUGUCAAAUGUAGUCGUUUCUAUAGUGUAUCGUCCAGUCAGCUGUUAUAAUGUUGGGGGGAUUACUGAUAUUAUGGGAUAUUACUGAGAUGUAGCAUGUUAAAUGCCCCCGUGGGUAAACUGAAUGCAGUUAUACUUCAAUUUAACACUGGUGACAUCCAAUGAAUGAAGGUUAUGAAAAGCUGAGAUUUUGUUCUGCUUAAAGAAUUGAUGUUGAUAAUAAUAAUCGAAUGAAAUGGAGAAAUAAUCAGGAUUUCUUUACUGUCCACUUGAAAUGACACUAAAGCUUUGUUUUAAUGUUACACUAUUGAUGAUGAUAUACUGCAUGUUUGUACAAUGUUGGAAUGAGUUAAAACUCUUUAAUCAUUGCUGUUCAAAACUUUUGUUUUGUAUAUUGCGUUUUUUUACUUGACAUUAUUUGUUGGUGGCAAUCAUGCAUUUUGUCACUGAAUUUUACACUGUAUCUAUAAAAAUACAUUUAUAAGUUUUA